GUUUUCACCUGUGGGAAAAUCACCUGCCCCCACUAAGCCAAACAUCUCAGAAAUGUAAUUCGCUAAGACCAUCUCUCUCCCCUGCUCCCUCACCCACUUGAUCGCCGCCGCUAAACCUGCAAAUGGUAACGGCUACUGGCGAGCUAGCUGGCCACUUUUUUUUUUUUAAGGUCCAGGAACCAUCGGAGUUCGAUAUCGAUCGAGUCGAAGCCGCGGGCUAGCUUCAAUGGCGUCGACGUUCGUCGAUGGCUACGACAACAUGUACGAUCCGAGGCUGAAGCCGCGGGUGCUGCGGGGGCUGGUCAGCGACCACCUCCCCUACGAGGACGGCCCCGUCCCCAGCCGCCCGGAGAUAUCGAACCUCGCUUUCACCGUCAGGACCUUUAGCCUUCUCUCCGAAUCUUUACCUCGAACACCUACUACGGUGGAUGCGUCCCUGGUCCAGGACUGGAAGUCGUCAGUCGACGCUUGGGUCGACCGCGUUGUCCAACUCGUUUCUUGCGACCUGCCUGAUAAAAAUUGGGUGGGAAUCUGUAUGCUAGGCCUGACUUGUACGGAGUGCAGCACAGCUCGUUUUCUGUCUUCCUAUCCUGCUUGGCUUGAUAAACUCCUAUCACAUAUUGAGCCUCCAUCAGAUUUUCAGUCUGUAAAGGUGGCUUCUUGUAAUUCCAUGUCAGAUCUGUUCACAAGGACCUAUCAUCAGGGAAGACAAUUGGCAGUACUAAGGUGUGUGAGGGACUCUACUACUUUGUGGAGGUUGGGUGGAUGCACAAAUGUAAAGAAGGAUGGGACAUCCUAUGCUGGGAAGCUUAUUCAACCAAUUUUGAAGCUAUUAGAUGAGGAUAGCUCUGAGGCUGUAUUGGAGGGAGCACUUUGUCUGUUAUGCACCAUUAUCACUUUCUUUCCAUCAUCCCUUCUUCGUCAAUAUGCUAAUGCUGAAGCUACUAUUGUUUCAAAAAUUUUAUCAGGAAGAUCCAGUAUUGAUUUGUUAAAGAAAUAUGCUCAAUGCUUGGCACUGCUUCCAAGAUCAAGAGGAGAUGAGGAGAGCUGGGCCCUGAUGAUGGAAAAGAUAUUAAUAUCAAUAAAUGUUUACCUGAGUGAUGCUUUCCUAGGUCUAGAGGAGGAAAAUAAAGUCAAUGAACCUAUGGAAUUGGUGGUUCCACCAGAAGAGCAACACCAAGUUCCCAUAGGAAGCCAAACAAUAACAGGAGGAACUUUUGAGCACACAACAGGAAGAUCUAAGCUAUUCCUAAUAUCGACUGUCCCUGCCCUCUUGUCUUGCUGCUCUACAAUGCUUACAAAUUCUUAUCCUGUUCAGGUAACUAUUCCUGUUCGUUCAUUAUUAACACUUGUUGAGAGAGUACUGAUGGUGGAUGGCUCUUGUGCACAAGCUUCAUUCCCAUUCAUGAAUGUCAUGCAGCAAGAGUUUAUCAGUCCUGAGCUUCCAGUUUUGCACUCAUACAGUUUGGAUCUUCUCACUGCACUCAUAAAAGGAGUGCGCAGUCAACUAUUACCACAUGCAGCAGAAAUCAUCAGACUCCUGAUAUGGUAUUUUAGGAGAUGUGCAUUGCCAACAUUAAGGAUUAAGGUCUACUCAAUCAUCAGGAUUUUGCUAACAUCCAUGGGUGUUGGAGUAGCACUACACCUUGCUGAAGAAGUGAUCAGCAAUGCAUGUAUUGAUUUGGGCGUGAUUGGAUAUGGAAGUGCUGAGGAGCUUUUUAGUUCACUAUCAAAGACCACCAAUGAAGCAUUGCUGCAGCCUACUCAUAAGAAAAGGAAUCAAGCUUCUAUAACAAAUUCUUUCCUGCAACAUCAAAAUGGCAUUCAAUUGGACAUAUUUGAAGUAGAAGUACAGAAAAACUGCUCAAAUUUUCCUAUUUCUUUAAAGAUUGCUGCACUUGAGGCACUAGAAGCUCUUCUUACUGUGGGUGGCAGUUUGGGUUCUGACUCUCUACGAUCAACUGCUGAUCUUCUUUUGAUAACUGUGGCUACAAAUGCUUGUAAUGAAGAAUGGGACAGCGAGGAGAUGAAUGUUUUUGUGCCACCCAAUGAACCUACUUCGUCUUGGGCAGAUUUCCAACUUGCGGCAUUACAAGCACUUCUGGCAUCUCUUCUUUCCCCAGCUCGUGUUCGUCCUCGUUUUCUGUCUCAGGGACUUGAGCUUUUUCAAAAAGGUAAACUAGAAAUAGGAACAAAGCUUGCUCGUUUCUGUUCCCAUGCUCUCCUGGCCUUGGAAGUCCUCAUGCAUCCCAGGUUUGUUCCAACAGUUGAUUUUCCAUCUGUAAAUGUCAGCCCUUCUAGUGAACAGUUCUGCCAAAGUGAUACAGACAGUAUGCGGCCGGCCGAUCACAAAAACAGUGCCCCUUUCUCAACUGCAGAUAGUAUAAAUGAUCAAGCUCCAUACGUUUACCUGCAUGAAAAUUGGCUUAAAAAUGGCAAUGAAACUGAGGCUUUGUACAGCCCCAGCAAGGAUAUGAGAAAUACCAAAGAACUUGCUGAGACAGAUGUUGAGCAUGCCAUUGAGGUACUUCGGUCAGAAAACCUUAGGGAAAAUGGCUCACUUGAUGUGGAUGUGGGAAGAGAUGGGGAUGAGAUGAUGCUUGAGCUGGAGCAAUUUUCAGAUAUCAUCGCAAUUGAAGGCGUUGGCAGUCCUGCUGUAACUUUUGCAGACUCUGAGGCGGAGUUGAGGGAGUUUGUUUCUAGCAAUGGUGCAUUUAGCCCUGCCAAUAAUGGAACAGUGGCAAGCAAGGAAUGCUCGGCAGAUGUUGCUGCUGUCUCAAAAACAGGUGAAGAAUCUUUGUCUACAACGUUGGCUGCUAGGGAAAAGUAAGAAACUUGUGAGUGGCACACAUAAUGAGUCACCAUGAAAUUGUAGGAUCCGGGAAGGGCCGAAUGUAGGAAAAGUAACCCAGUUAUCCUGAUGAGCGGGCAGAAAUGGGACCGUUAGUGACAUGGGGGUGGUUUGUUGCAACGGUAAUUUAAAAUGCCAGAGCAUGCAUGGCAUGGGAUAAAGGUUGCAUUUCUAAAUGGCUGUAGGCUUUUUAACUUAUGAGCAAAGACUCAAAUCAUCAUCAUCAUCAUCAUCAUCAUC